CUUCAAUAUUACUAGUGCACUAGACCAAAUCACAAUCAACCACUCUUCCAUAUAUACCUUGCAUGCUUUAACUACCUAAUACAUAUAGUGCUCACAAUUGAACUAGAGCCAGAAACGUCAAGCCACAGCACCACUAAGUUUCCGACAUGGGAAGCCUUCCGUUUACUACCUCUGAUCUUCACCCAAGCACCGGCGGAUUUGUGAGCAGCCCGACAUUGCUAUGUACACCCCUAAUGGGAACCACAGUGGACCAAAUGCUGAUUGAGAUGCACAAGGCUAAGGAAAUUGGUUCUGAUAUUGUGGAGAUCAGGCUUGACUGUUUGAGAAACUUUAACCCAAGUUCAGAUCUUCAAAUUCUUAUCAAGCAGAGUCCUCUGCCUACUCUUGUCACUUACAGGCCAGUUUGGGAAGGCGGUCAAUAUGAAGGCGAUGAAACCAAGCGACAGGAUGCUCUUCGGUCAGCAAUGGAAUUGGGAGCUAACUAUAUUGAUAUUGAGCUUGAGGUUGCCCAUGACUUCAACAAUUCCAUCUAUGAAAAGAAGCCUGACAACUUCAAAGUCAUUGUUUCUUCUCACAACUUUCACAACACUCCAUCCUCCGAGGCAAUCGGAAAUCUUGUGGCUAGAAUCCAAGCCACUGGAGCUGACAUUGUGAAAAUUGCAACUACUGCAUUAGACAUUACAGAUUGUGCCAGAAUUUUCCAGAUUACCGUGCAUUCACAGGUCCCAACAAUAGGUAUUGUUAUGGGAGAGAGAGGUUUGAUUUCACGACUACUUAGCCCCAAGUUUGGUGGAUAUCUUACCUAUGGUGCACUAGAAGCCGGUGCUAUAUCAGCUCCUGGGCAACCAACUGCGAGAGACUUGCUGGAUUUAUACAACUUCCGACUCAUUAGACCUGAUACCAAAGUAUAUGGGAUUAUUGGGAAGCCUGUUGGUCACAGCAAGAGUCCUCUACUAUUCAAUGCAGCAUUCAAGUCAGUUGGCCUUAAUGCAGUUUAUGUUCAUUUUCUGGUGGAUGAUGUCGAGAAGUUUUUCAACACAUAUUCAUCCGUUGAUUUUUCGGGAUGCAGUUGUACUAUUCCACAUAAGGAGGCAGCACUCAAAUGCAUGGAUGAGAUUGAUUCCAUUGCCAAGAAAAUUGGAGCUAUCAACAACAUUGUCAGGAAGCCUGAUGGGAGGUUAGUUGCUUUCAACACCGACUACAUUGGCUCCAUCAGUGGCAUUGAGGACGGACUACGAGGUUUGAACGGCGCCAUUCCUGCUGGUAAAUCACCCCUGGCUGGAAAGUUGUUUGUGGUCUUGGGAGCCGGUGGUGCUGGCAAGUCACUUGUGUAUGGUGCUGCACAGAAAGGAGCAAGAGUUGUAUGUGCCAACCGAACAUAUGAAAGAGCUAAGGAGCUGGCUGACAAAGUUGGGGGAAAAGCUAUGACUCUUGAAGAAGUUGAAAAUUUCCACCCGGAAGAGGGAAUGAUUCUUGCCAACACUACAUCUGUGGGAAUGAAGCCUAAUGUUGAUGAUACCCCUAUCUCCAAGCAAGCUCUGAAACACUAUUGCUUAGUUUUCGAUGCUAUCUAUACACCCAAAGAGACUAGACUCCUCCGGGAAGCAAAAGAGACUGGAGCAGAGGUUGUAUAUGGGACAGAGAUGUUGAUCAGGCAAGGGUUUGAACAAUACAAGAACUUCACUGGUUUGCCAGCACCUGAAGAAUUGUUUAGGGAGCUCAUGGAGAAGCAUGCAUAAGAGAGAAGACUUGAGUUGCACCCACACUUCUAUAGUUCUACUGUUGUGUCUGAUUCUAUGCUUUGAGAGCAGAUUUUUCUUUAGAUUUUGUCAUAAUGUGAUAAAGCUUUGAAUUUUGUUGUAUGAAUAACAACUUUAUUUUCAUCAAUGAAAUGCUUUAGAAAAA